UUCCGUAAGUUACGGAAAACCGCGAUUAACUGAAGUAGGUCAAUACUUGUUUGUAAACAAACUAAAAGGUUGGAGAAAUAGUCUAUUAACCUAACGACUCCAGUUGGAGGAAAUGGAGGAAAUAGACGAAAAUUCGAAGUUUCCACCAAUAAUAGAGUUGAAUGUUGGAGGGAGGUUUUUCACUACCACACAUUUAACGUUAACCAAAUGUCCCGACAACAUGUUGUCUGCAAUGUUUAGUGGAAAGUACUCAGUUAUCAAAGACAAAGAUGGAAGAUUUUUUAUCGACGCAGAUGGGGAAAAUUUCAUCCAUAUCCUCAACUACCUCAGGUACGGAGAUCUUCCUCCACCACAAAUUGCCGAGACGGUAUACAGAGAAGCGGCAUAUUUUGGAAUCCAUGGUCUUGUAAAAGAGCUGGAAAAAUUCCCGCAAAUCAUGGCAAAAAUUCAGAGAAACAAUUUCCGGAACCAGUUUCCUGGCUAUGCCGAGUGCUUAGAUUUAAUUGUUAAAGCUGCUAGUGUUGAAACUUCGUCCCAAACAUCGGAAGUUAAAGUACUUAUCUAUUCAAAACAAGUUGUCCCUCAAAAUGAAAAUUUUGAUAUGAAUCAUAAAUGCACAUGCGAAGGGAUGAAAGAUACCACAUAUACACCAGAUGCCAAGCUGGGGCCUUGGAAAGGAAAUAGCACUGAAAAAGAUGUUUUGAACUGUUUAAUAUUUGACCUAGAAUCACAGGGGUUCACAGUAACCUCAAGGUUUCAUGGGCCAUGUACAUACGUGUGUGAAAGGAUAUGCUGCAACAGAUCAUUUUACAACAUCUGUUUUCAUUGGUGGAGAUCCUGAAGAGCCAAAUUCUGUGAUAAUACAUGUAGAGACGUUGCAACUUCAUACUUGUAUAUGUGUAUAGACAUGUGAGUUGUUAAUACUUUUAAGACAGAAUAAAAAGCAUGAUUGUGGUAAGCAUUAUGGGUGAUGACGUAAAUGUUUUUGUUGCAACCAAGAGAGAGCGCUACUAUAUUUUAUCUUCUGUUUAAGAUGAAGCCAAGGGCAUACAAGAAUUGAAAUAAUGUAUAGCAAACUUGUGUUUUUCUUAAAUUAAUACACUCAAAAUCGGUUAUACGCCGCUAGAAUAAUUCACAACGGCUACUGUGGUAUGCCAUUGUGAAAUUAUUCCGCGGAGGAGCGGACGUAUAACCUCUCGUUUAUUAAUAAUGAUGAAACAUAAUUUUUCUAUACAUUAUUUCUUAAUUCCAUAAAUUUACUUUAGUUGCUUGUUGCUGGUAAAUCUGCAUUUUUAAUAGUUUUACAAAACCAUCAGUUGAAUGUACAUGACUUCCUUAUAUUAUGUUAAUAACUUGAAAAGGUCUAAGGUAUCAAAAAUACCUCAGAUGUUUUUUGAAUGAAUAAGGAAAUCCUACUAGAUAUUAUCUAGUACCCAUACAUGUAUGGAAUCACAACUUUCCAGUUGAAGAAGAAAAUUUCGUUUUAAAGAAAAUUUAGUAAAAUGAGACCUAAGAAGUAGUUUAGCCUAAUACAUUUUUGCUGUUUACUUUUUAAUGGUUAUGUUAAGAAUAUUUUUAGAUUUGCUGCUUUUCUACUUGUUGGUGUUAAAUAUCAGAGAUUAAAUGAAUGCUAGUAAAUCUUAGUCUUUUAAGGGUGUAUAUGGGAGAAUUAGCUAGGACAAAAUCAUUAAAGAGGAUAAAUUUAACUUAAAAUAUUUCCUGGCAGAUUUUGCUCAAAAUACGUUCAACCGAUAUAAAACCUAUGUUGCAUUUGCAAAACUUUGUAAUUACAUGUACAUCUCAUUUUGAAAUUUCCUGAAAAUGUUAUAGAUAUCAAGAAAGACUUAAGGGUAUCCAAGAAGUGAUAUCAUUGAACAAAUACCUUUCUUAUCCUAUCUGUACCAAGGUAUAAAUCACAAGAACUCAUUUACAAAAUUCAGUAUUCGAGAUUUAAUCCCCCUAGUAUAUCAUUUCAAUGUUAAUCUAAUCAUAGCUCUGUUAGGAAGAUUUAUUGUUAGACAUAAUGAGCCGCGCCAUGGGAAAACCAACAUAGUGGCUUGGCGACCAGCAUGGAUCCAAACCAGUCUGCGCAUCCGUGCAGUCUGGUCAGGAUCCAUGCUGUUCACUUUCAAAGCCUAUUGCAAUGAAAGAAACCAUUAGCAAACAGCAUGGAUCCUGACCAGACAGCGCGGAUGCUGGUCGCAAACCCACUAUGUUGGUUUUCUCAUGGCACGGCUCAUAUAGUAAAUUGUACUGCUAAGCUAUAAGGCAGGACUGUUUGAUGCAUUCAACUAUAAUUUAUGGUGUUCAUGUCCAAUUUUGUUUUUAUUUGAGGCAAAACUUUAUUGUACUCAGCUGUUGAAAUUUUCUUAAUUCUGUCUGCGCACAUAUUGUUAUACAAACUAGAUAUAUUUUAAUCUAGUUCUGGUUCCUUUGAUCUCAAAAGAUUGAUUUUUAUGCCCCCAGUGUCAAAGACCAGGGUGGCAUAUAUAGUUUGAACUGUCCAUCCAUCGGUAAUUCUGUACAUCCAUCAAUCACACCUUCUGUUGUACACAACUCCUCUUAGUUUUCUUCCAAUUCAAAUGAAACUUGGUAUACAUGAUAUGAAUCAAGUGGAAAAUUAAUGUGCAUAUUGUUGGGACUUUUAUGCUAGAAUACCUUUUUUUGAGUUAUGCCCCUUUUGAAAUACAACUGCACUGUGCAGCUCCAACUGAAAUGAAAUAUUGUACAUUUUGUAUACAUUGCCAGCAUUAAGUGGACAUGUUCAUAUUGUUGGAACUAACCUGUCUAAUUAGGAUUUUUUGAGUUAUGCUCCAUUUUUUGACUUAGGCAUAUUGCCAGUACUUCUGUACUUUGUGUACUCUUAGUUCCUCCAAAAAUCAAGUAGCUUUCUGGAAGUUAUUUUAAAGUUGAUAUGCUGAAUACAUGACACAAUUAAGAAGUACAUUGUAUUCUGUAAUUAUUCAAGUUUUCCAUUAAAAGACACCAAGUAGGAUAUCUUAUAAGUUAUUUGUCUGUUCGAAAUACUUUAAGCUAAUAAAGUUGUGGUGAAAAAGCUCUACUUUAUAACUUGUUAUGAUAAAUCAUACACAAGGGGAAAAAAUGGUUUCUAGCUUUUAUCAGGUAUCUUGAUAUACAUUGUAAUUAACUUCAAACCUAACUCGGGAACAUUUUUUUUAACUAUCCCAAGACCAUAUUCAUCAAUGAUUUAAACCUGAAAUCAAGACUUAUAUUGUUUUAAAGGGUCUAAUUUCAGACAUGUAGAAUAUUGAUGAAUACAGGUCCUAGGCAUAUACAUUUUGUAUUUUAAAUGCAGCUUUUUCUGCAGAUUGUUUCAUUGUGUUAAAGCAACUUUUUAUACAUGUAAAUAUUUUCGAGUCACGAUUGUUUUUCUUAGAGUCUAUGAUAAACAGUUUGUACCUGUGCUAAAGUUUUAUACUGUUAUAGAUUUUAUCCCUGAUUUUCCUAUUUUGCAUUUUAAAGUAGUUUUAGUAUUGUUAGAUUUUAAUAGUUGACGUUUUAUGUAGAUUUAGAAUUGAGGAGUUCCAGUCAUUGUUACUUGAUUUGUUAUUGUUUAUGAUGCAGAUAAUGUUUCUGACAUUCCACUUUAUUAUUGCUGCACUAUUUAGUUUAAAAUAUGAGCUGCGCCAUGAGAAAACCAACAUAGUGCAUUUGCAUCCAGCAUGGAUCCAGACCAGCCUGCGCAUCCGUGCAGUCUGGUCAGGAUCCAUGCUGUUCGCUUUCAAAGCCUAUUGCAAUCUGAGAAACCGUUAGCGAACAGCAUGGAUCCUGACCAGACUGCGCGAAUAUGCAGGCUGGUCUGGAUCCGUACUGGUCGCAAAUGCACUAUGUUAGUUUUCUCAUGGCGCGGCUCAUAUGAUUAUUACAGUACAUUUUCAAUCGACAGCCAGCCAUUUGUAUUUGAAGUUGGUAACAAAGAUAUCCUAGAGAAGUUACAAUUUAUUACCUGUACAGGUUUGUAUACACGUAACAUUUCAUGUGUUAUUUCAGUAAAUGUCUCGGGCAUCAUAAUUUAGAACUCUGCAAAUUAUUUUGAGAAGUUCAAGUGUACCUGUACUUAUAAAAAUACAAUUACAAGUUUCAAACAUGUAGUCUCACUUGAAGCGAGAAACUCAGUUUAAAUCAGACAAUUUUCAGCAGAUGCUUGCUCCUAGUUAUAUGGAUUUACCGCACAUGCAUGUAUAUGUACGGGUAUGAAAUCAUUAACCCCCUAUUGUUAAAAGAUGGUCCAGCUUCUGCAGUUAAAAAUACUGAACAGAAUGAAACCAGGUAACAGGGAGGUUGUGAUUUCAAUACUGGUAUAUGUAUGAAUGUCUGAGUAUUAAUUCCCUAAACAUAAAAACAAACUUCUGCUAAAAAAAUUCUGAUUUACUCUCUACAAGUAAAUCUUCAUGUUAAAAACUUCAGAUUUUGGUUUUACUAGUACUCUUUGAACAUUUACAGCUAAACUGUUUGAAAAUCAUGUUUUGAAUUUCCACACCUCAGAUGCUUAUUGAAAUAAAGAACAAAAUUCUAUAUGUGUACAUACAAUUACAUGUAUAGAAUUAUCAGGUGUCCAAUAAGAACACUUUAACAACUUAAAUUGAGUUUGCAAAACAUAGCUUUUAACUUUUACAUAUACCGGUACCAUAGUUCAGAAAUCUUGUGUUCAGGUUAUUAUUUUUUCAAAUCUGUAUUAAACUUAAAUCUAAGAGCAACAUAGAAAAUUACUAUUACAAGAAUUUUAUUUUACCCAGUAUUUUGAUACAAUAAAAAUCAUUCUCAUAAUUCA